AUGCUAGUCAAUGGUGAAAAAUGGGCUUGUGGAUAUUGCGUCCGUGGGCACCGUGUGUCUACUUGUCAACAUCAUGAUCGACCAUUAACUCGCAUCAACCGGAAAGGGCGCCCGUCUGCUACCUGUGCUGUAUGCAACAACACCCCUUGUCCAAGACCAAGAGAGCACUCGAAGUUGAAGAGCAACACCAACAACACCGGGACCAAGUCUUCUCCCAAGGUAAGCGUUGCUAUGGCUCACCACCAGAUAGCUGCCAUGAUAUCUCCAUUGGGAACAUAA